AGUCGUCGCUUCGCCUCAAGACGCUUCUGCAGGAAGCAGUGCCCCGCAGGCACCUGCCAUUGGCCGGCUGGCCCUCGUCGGAUCGCUCUUGCCCGGGGUCGCUCUUGCGGACAGCCGAGAGGCGUCCACCUCGCCACGCACGCCGUCGCCCAUGGGCAGGCGCGCCCUGCCGCAGACUCCCCCGCGCCCGAGCACGCGCGGGGCCAAGGCGCAGCUCAGCACUCCGACGCCCUGUCCUCGGGGGCGCAGGGUCGCCCUGGAGUCCGAGAUCGACGCUGCGGUCCGCGAGCGCUGCCUCCUCAGCCUGCAGCUGGCCCUGAGUCGCGGCCACCCCUGCCCUGGCGCGCAUCACAUCUCCGAGGCGGUGAGCCGGGGCCACUGCGGCGCGCUGGAGCUCCUGCUGGAGGCGGGCUCGGAGGGGCUCGACGAGGAGUGCAGAGGCCAGAGGCCGCUGCAGACGGCGUGCGAUCGGUCCGCGUGCCAGGGGGACGAUGGGUACAGGCUGGCAGAGGCGCUGCUGCGGCACGGCGCCGACCCCGCGUGCGGCGACGUCUCGCACCCGCCGCUGCACGAGGCCUGCAGACGAGGCAACGCCCAGAUGGUCCUGCUCCUGCUGCAGCACAAGGCCGACCCCAGCGCGCCUUCCCCGGGCGGCCACUCGCCUCUGCACGCGGCCUGCCAGGGCGCCCCGGUGCUCGACCCCGCGCUGCACCCGAAGGUGGUCGACGUCCUCCUGCUGCACGGGGCCCGCCCGCUCGCCGCCGACGACUUCGGCCUCCCUCCGCGGGCGUACGCGGCGGAGGGCGGCCUGUACCAGAAGCUCGGCAGGGCCGAGAGGUGGUGGACCCGACGCUCCCUCCGCUCCGUGUGCCGCGCCACGGCAGACUGGCCGGGGCUGGCCCCUCCCGAGCGCGGGCCCGAGCGCCUGCUGCACGGUGUGGUCACGCUGUCCGGGGUGCUGGGGGCGGUGUUGGACUUGGUGUCCCACGAGGCGGCCCCGGGCACCCGGUGCUGGCAGCACCAGCGCGGACCAAUCCUGCAGUGGGCCCCCUUCUGCUAGGCGGAGAGGUGGGAGGGGCUCUCGCUGGCGUCCCUGGGCGUGCAGCCGCUCUGUCUUGCUCCCAUCCUUGCCCUUCUGGAGCCUCUGCUUUCGCCCCGGACGAGGCUUCACGGCACCUGUGCGGCACACAGCGCCGCGCCGCAGUGAUGGGCAGUUGCCGUGCUGCAGGGCGGCGGCACCUGAGUGGAGUCUGAUGGAUGUUGGGAGGCGGCAUUCAUGAGAAGGAGGAGGAGGGGAGGGAGGAGAGGAGAAGGAUAAGUGUUCGAUCAGCUGCUACUGCUGUCGUUUUCUGUAGAUAUUGCCUUGGGAACGGGUGUUGCUGUUUGAAGUUGUUGUACCAUGUAGAAAGAAUUCGUGUGGCCAUGCCACUCCAUGAUUUUUUGCUGAAUUCAAGUGGUAGCAUCGUAGCGAAGUGGCGCACUAUUAUUCAGAACAGUGGCCUUGGGAGGGAUGAGAAGCACUAUGUGCGACGCUUCCGACGGAACCGCUGAAGUGCGGAAUCGUCCAAAUACUAGUUUUCAAAUUUUCAGCUGCUCUCCACGCGGGACAGUACGGCAAAAGUGCCGCCCCGUCCGCUGCGGCGACUUCACGCACGCUGCCUCAGCACCAAUGGCGAAAUAGCUCGCCUUCUGUGGCGCGUGACCGCGGCCGAAAAUUUCGCCCGUUGGUCUUGGCUCGAGGUUGACAAAACAGCGCACGAUUGGAGAAGGCAUCAGAUCUCCGAAGCAGUGCUGGACCAUGCGGAGCAUGCGACCGA